CCAUGCUCGCUGCUCUGAAGCGCAGCAGCAGCAGCAGCAGCAGCCAGGGUGCGAGCAGAAAACAACAACAGGCUACCCUGCAAGGAAGGCAGCUGCAUGGAGAGCGACAACAGCGACGAGCAGGAUCUCACGUAUGCAGCCAUGUGUACUUAGAGCAAAAAAGCCUUUUAUUUUCACAAUGACAGCUACCAAACUGUAAUUCUUGAGCUGAGCUGAUUGCGACCCGUUACUUCGAGAGAGAGAGGUGGGGGGAAAGUGUUUGUAAAGUAGCUGGCUAGCACGCUAGCUCUGCGCGUCUCCUCUAUGGUUGAGGAUCUUUCGGCAACAGCGGCGGCAGCAGCGGUGCCAUGAACAGUGGACUCCCACCUUCCGCUGCUCCGCUCGGGGGUGCCGGGAUACCCAGUGUCAAGGUGAAGUUUUGCCGAUACUACGCGAAAGACAAGACCUGCUUUUACGGAGAUGAGUGCCAGUUCCUGCACGAGGAUCCCUCCAUGGGAGGCAUGUCGCUGCACGGUGGCGGCGGGAGCCCCGUCCCGCUCCCCAUGGCCGCAGGUGGCGGGACGCCAGCGGGGUAUUCCCUCGGCGGCACGGCGGCGGCGGCGGCCUGUCCGGGCGGCGGAGGGACCGGGGUGCCCAAGAAAAGCGAGGCACUGGGGCCUGCAGGCGCGACAAUGGACGGGCAGUUGCUAACCAUCCCAGGGAUGGAGGGUCCAGCCCUCAGCGAUGCCAAUCUCACCAACUCUUACUUCAGCAGCAGCUUCAUUGGUGUCAACGGGUUCGGAAGCCCGGCAGAGUCGAAAUACACAAUGAUGCAGCGAAUGACUACCAGCAGCAGCUCCCCCAGUCUUCUCAACGACGGUGCCAAGAACUUCAGCCACAGCGCUCACGAUCCAGUGAACUCUUCGACGUCGUCACUCUUCAGUGAUUUUGGUGCUCUCAGCAUUUCCCAGAGGAGAAAGGUGAGCAAUCUUGAGCUUCGUGUGAGGAGGUCCCUCGUUAUCGCCUCCGUUUUUUUGUUGACCGUGAUCGUUUUCGUGUUUGACUCGUGCCGACAGGCUCCCAACCCCACGGCGAGUGAGUUCAUCCCCAAGGGCGCGCCGCGAAUGGCCGCCAUAGCGCAGUCUGCGGUUCAGGCCUUCCCCUCUCCGCUCUUUGCUCAUCCGGGGCUCGGCGGCUCCACAGCUGCUUUGGCGCCAGGUAUGUCUUUGUCUGCUGGGUCCUCCCCUCUCCACUCCCCAAAGAUCACGCCUCACACCUCACCCGCCCCCCGUCGACGGAGUCACACCCCAAACCCUGCCAACUACAUGGUGCCCACCACUGCGUCCGACCAGGGCGCCCACAUCAUUCAGAAAGAGACCGUAGGGGGAACAACGUACUUCUACACGGACAACACCCCAGGGCCAAUGGCAGGGAUGGUGUUUCCUACCUUCCACAUAUACCCCCCCACAGCCCCCCAUGUGGCUUACAUGCAGCCAAAAGCCAACGCCCCGUCCUUCUUCAUGGCUGAUGAGCUCCGACAGGAGCUGAUUCACAGGCAUCUGAUAACUAUGGCCCAGAUUGACCACUCAGAAAACCCAGACGUACCGUCCGAGGUGGACAGCUACCACAGCCUGUUCCCCCUCGAGCCUCUGCCCCCACCCAACCGCAUGCAGAAAACCAGCAACUUCAGCUACAUCACGUCCUGCUACAAGGCGGUCAACAGCAAGGAUGACCUGCCGUACUGCCUGAGGAGGAUACACGGUUUCCGCCUCGUCAACACCAAGUGCAUGAUGCUGGUGGACAUGUGGAAGAAGAUCCAGCACUCGAACACGGUGACGCUCAGAGAGGUCUUCACCACCAAGGCCUUCGGUGACCACUCUUUGGUCUUCUCAUACGACUUCCAUGCAGGUGCAGAAACGAUGUUCAGCAGGCAUUUUAAUGACCCAGCGGCAGACUCGUACUUCACAAAGAGGAAGUGGGGGCAACACGAACCUCCUCCGCCACGGCAGCACGCGGGCCUCCUGCCGGAGUCGCUGAUCUGGGCCUACAUCGUCCAGCUCAGCUCGGCCUUGCGGACCAUCCACACGGCCGGCCUCGCCUGUCGGGUUAUGGACCCCAGCAAGAUACUCAUCACUGGCAAAACCAGGUUACGGGUGAACUGCGCUGGGGUGUUUGAUGUCUUGACGUUUGACAACAGUCAGACCAAUCAUCUCGCCCUGAUGCCGCAGUACCAGCAAGCAGAUCUGGUUUCGCUGGGCAAGGUGGUGCUGGCUUUGGCCUGUAACUCGCUGGCUGGGAUUCAGAGGGAGAACCUGCAGAAGGCCAUGGAGCUGGUGUCCAUAAACUACUCUUCGGACCUCAAGAAUCUUAUUCUGUACCUGCUGACGGAUCAGUCUCGCCUGCGCAGCGUCAAUGACAUCAUGCCCAUGAUCGGAGCGCGGUUCUACACGCAGCUCGACGCGUCGCAGAUGAGAAACGACGUGAUCGAGGAGGACCUGGCCAAGGAGGUACAAAAUGGCCGCCUCUUCCGCCUGCUCGCCAAGCUGGGAACCAUCAACGAGCGACCGGAGUUUCAGAAGGACCCGGCGUGGUCGGAGACGGGCGACCGCUACCUGCUGAAGCUUUUCCGCGAUCACCUCUUCCACCAGGUGACGGAAGCGGGGAUGCCGUGGAUCGACCUCAGCCACAUCGUCUCCUGCCUCAACAAACUGGACGCGGGCGUUCCCGAGAAGAUCAGCUUGGUGUCCCGGGACGAGAAGAGCGUCCUGGUCGUCACCUACUCGGACCUGAAGCGCUGCUUCGACAGCACCUUCCAGGAGCUGCAGGCUGCAGCCGCCGGCUCUCUGUAGCGCCCCCUGUUGGGCCCCGGGCGGGACUGGCCCAGACCAGGAGCGUACCGUUGCACUACAGCAGAGGACCAGGCUCUCAGACAUCAGCACAGCGAAGGCAGCGAGGCGGGGCUUCGUGAACCUCAGUCACAUACACUGAUUUCUGUCCACCAGGAACCAUUUUUGUAAAGCCUUUUUUUUUUUUUUUUUUUUUUUGUGGCUGGAAAAUUGAAAAACAAAAAAAAAAAAAAGGAAAAUGGACUAACGUGGAAGCUGUGAUGAACGACAUUUUUUUUAUUUGGGGGAACAAAAAACAAGAAACAAUUUAUUUUUCCUGCUUUUACUGUUUAUUUCUACAGUCGGGGAUGUAUUUUUUUCUUCUAUUUGAGGAGGAGGAUGCAUUAAGAUUUUAAUUUUUGUUAUUUUUUUUAAAUAAAGAAAAAAAAACGUGUGAGUGGCCUUCUGGGCGCACAGAGAGCCAAAGGGUCACACGCGUAGAACCAAGGAGGAUGUAAAUCUGUUGAGUUAGCAUCUCUCUCUCUGCCGGCUGGAGACCACACCCCUUCAUUCUGACGCACUCGGGAGACGGGACGCAUCGCCCGAGGCUUUCAGCGCCACGGGAUGGCGCCCGUGUCUUAAAAUGGGCCAACCCAGCUCAGCCUCGACUGCUGGUCCCUUUUGUGAAAGGACAAACCACUUGGGAAGGUGGAAAGGGUUGAAUAACUGGGGAAAGACUGGUUUUCAGAUGUUUUUUUGUUGUUUUUUUUUUUUCUACAGGAGAUAAAGGAACAUGAGACACGUACUCGUUUUUGGGCGGGCGAACUCGGGCUCAGGAUCCGAAUCUGAGGUUUUUUCUGUCGGCACUGAGGAAGGGCGUGUCUUCUCCUGAGGCUGAAGCGUUUGUUACAUAUGCAGCAGCCACCUAGUGGCUACUGGACGCCGCUGCGGUUGUUUCAGGUCUGCUGUCGUCAGUGAGCCGCAGCUGCCUCUUCGUGGAAUGUCCCCCUGGUCUCCUCACCCUCAGUCUCCCUGUCUUUAUCAUCUUAUUCUUUUGUCCUAUAAUGUCCCAAACAUCACUCCGCCCUCAGCGUGGGGGGAGGGAGGGGGGGGGGGAUUCUACGUUUUGCAAGAAAAUUAAUAUUUGGCGACUUUUUACCAGCUGCUUUUUUCUCUCUGCUGAGCUGCGAGAUUGCAGAGCGGGACACAGGAGGCCAAUCAGGUUUCGCCUCACCUUUGCUCUUUAAUACUCUGUGGACCAAUUCCAGCAGGGGUUUUAGGUGAAAGGGGGAAGGGUUGGUGGGGGGGGGGGGGACCCCGAAUUUUAGUUAUGUUUGACCUAUUUAGGAUCAUGAGCUUUCGCACUCGAAUUUUCUCUCAGGAUGACAAACAGCCCCCCCCCCUCCCCCCAUACCCCCCCAGCCCUGAUGAUUGAAUGUCUUUGGCCGUCGUCGGGCGGGACGUCUUCAGAUGGAGGUUGAAUCUGUGGUUGGGAUCAUGCUGUGUGGGAUUUCAUGUUGCCCUAAAGCACAGAUCUGUUUUAAUUUGAAUUUAAUCGCUAAAAACAGUACUGCUGCAGUCUCCGUUUAAAACCCCCCCCCCGAUUUGACUCCACCGCCUGCGACUCGGCGUAUAAUAGCCGACCAAACACGCGGCGCACUUCCGAACCGGCCAGCAUCUCAUCCGUGCUUGGCUCUUUACUCUGACUUUAAGGAAACCAUGAAAUGAUCUGUCCUUUAGGGCAACAGCCGCGCAGGGAGCCGUGUUAGAUCAUGUACUACUUCCUCUGUUUUAGUGAAAUCGAAGAACGAAUACGAAUAAAAGCAAAUUUGGUGAAUGUGGUGCUUUAGAAAUCCCCCCCUCCACACACACACAGACACACACACACACCUGAAACCCUUUGGACUCAUCUGACGCGGUGCCAGUGCUCAGAUCACUGCGCUCCACAUUACAACACACACUCCAGUUAAGUUUAGAGCCGACGCCCCCUCCUCCCACCCUGUUAUCCCCCACAGCAACACACCUACAAUCACCAUCUUAGUAUGUUUUAUGCCCCUCCUUGUGUUCUAGUCUCAAAUUUUUGCAAUAUUUGUGUGUACAGCAGUAUUUUAAUAAAGAAUACCAAAACUGA